AUGGCAGUCGUCCAAGAACAGAUCAAGAACAAUAUGUUGUUUCUCAAAGUCAAUCCAGAUCCAUCUGCUAGCAAUCCAGUUCCUCUUAGAAGGCGUUCCCAUAUCCAAGCCGACCUGUUUGUCAGGAACCCUCUAGUAAUUAAUUUUCGACUCCACUUCUCAGUUCUCCCUCCCUCCCUCCCAAUUACUUCUCUCAAUUGGACUCUGUCAACCUCGCACCGUUCCUCCUUCCGCCGAUCCUUCGCACCCUCGUCCUUCGCUUCCGUCGUCCCUCCCUCCGUCGUCCCUCGCUCUCUCAGUCAUCCUCACUCUGUCAUCCUCGCAAUUGGUUCACUCACGCUAUGGAACUCGCUGCGUGAAAGUUACUCCAUCGAUGAAUACUUUCUCCUCUCAUUGUUCUACCAACAUGCUAUCUUAGGGAUCUUAGAUGAGGAGAAAAGGAUGAAUUCCUCGUACAUCAUCAGUGUCGCGAGGAAACUUGGAUGUUCUAUUUUUUUGCUUCCUGAAGACAUCACUGAGUCAAGUUCCCCAAUUUCAGUAAUCGCAAAGAUAGACAGAUUCGAAGCUAUCUUGCUCUUACUCAAUGGUCCUUAUCUUGAGAAUGGUAUAAUUUCUCCGCCUAAUUCUUAGUUUUCUCUGUUCACAGGUUUAAUUUUUGUGAUUUAACUACAUUUUGAAUUUUUUGUUGUGCGAUUUCAAUUUGUGUGACCUUGGAAAUUCUAAAAUUUCAAUUGCUUGGUUAGCUUUUUAUUUUCUUUGUUGCCUAAAUUUUCUUACUUCUUUUUUCAUGUAAAUUUAGUUGUUCAUUGAUAGAAUGGACUUAGGAAUGAUCUAUGAAUUUGUGAGAUUUAUAGUUUGAAUUAUUAUUUUGUUGCUUUUGAUUUGUGAGUUCACUUAAGCCAAACUCCAAUGU